CACCCCACCCCUAGCUCGCUCUAACCCCUAUGAAGCCCACUCUACUCGAAACGCAUGCGCUUAAAGAUGAAGGAGGCACUAGAGAUUGGCUAGUAGGGGAGCACAAAGGCAAGCAAACAUCCCCAACGGAACCUCAAAGCAACAACUUAGAGCUAAGGCUCGGCAUAUCUUUGAACGCUAGUGCCAGCACUAGCAACAAACAAGUGUACAAAGAUCACAGCAACAUGAUCAGCCCGAGUACGAGGCUCCUGAGCACGCUUGAGCACCAUGGGCUCGUGCUCAACGGGCUUGGGCCGAGUUCUAGCGGGCCCAAGAGCUGGGUCCCUCCCGAGCUUGGGUGCAGCGGGUUCAUCCACCCAUGGAGCUUGGCUGCCCGCCAGCAGAAGGCUGUUCUUGAGCAGGCUCAUCAGAGAGCCAACGGUGCUUGCUCAACCCUGGCAGUUUCAAGAUUAACUCCGCCGACGCCUCCACCAAUCGUCGGCUGGCCGCCUGUUCGUGCAUCUCGGAGGAACUUAUCGGGUUUGAACCCGAUAAAACCUGAAAUGGAGGAUGAAAAGGAUGCUAAAAAAGCAAAAAUAGAGGAAAAUGGAGAGGAGAGAGUUAUUAGCUCAAAUGAUCAAGUGAAGCCUACUACAAUGUUUGUGAAGGUGAACAUGGAGGGGUUUGCAGUGGGCCGGAAGAUCAAUCUUAAGGCCCAUAAUAGCUAUGAGUCACUUUCUCGUGCCCUUCAGAAAAUGUUCGCAAAUUUCCUCUCUACUAAUUACCUUAACUCUACGCACGAAGAACGAGAGGUAGACAACAGCUCCGACUACAUUCUACUCUAUGAAGACAACGAAGGGGAUCGGAUGCUUGUAGGAGAUGUGCCUUGGGAGUUGUUCAUAACUUCCGUGAAAAGGCUAUACAUUGCUCAUAGUCCCGAAACACCGAAAAAGGAUGAUGAGAAGGUGACUGAUGACCAAAAGUGAGCAAUAGCUACAAGACUAACCAAAAUCAAGAAGGGAACAAUAUUAUUGCAUUAAUAGUAGAUUUUAUUUUGAUUCUAUCAUGUGAAUUACUCUAGGUUUGGUGAGUGCGUAGCAUUUCGAGAGCUUUGUGUUAAAUUUUACCGUGCUUUGUUUAUGGGGACGUGUACUCUAAAUGAUGAAAUAAUUACAUCUUCAAUCUUAUUGUGCUUCUUGUGCUA